AUGAAUAGAACUUUGAAAGUUGGUAAUGAGGAGACAAUAUAUCAAAUUGUUGAAAAAGUUCUUUGGAAAAAUGUGGAAAAACUUUCCAAGUUAGAUUAUGAUGAAUUUAUUCAGACAUAUAUAUGGAGGUCUAAAAAGGAAGGUAAGCGGGGAAAUAUUUCUGUAGAACAGUUUGUUUCGCGAAUGGAGGCUAAGUAUUCUCGUGAAAUAUUAGAAAAUCAACAGCUUAUAAAGAAGGGUUUACCCGCUAACGAAUACCUAUAUAAAGUCUCCAAAUCCGGUGAACGAUUUAGUUACAUUGUAGUAGUACCUGAAGAGAUUUAUGAUAACUGUGGGAAAAAAAUACCACAACAAAAAGGAGACUGUAUGGAAUACCCAGAUGUGGUAAAAAAGUUCAACAAGAAAAUAAAUAUUGAUUAUUAUAUCAAAAGUCUAUUUGGUCUCUGUGCCCAUUUUAUAAAUUAUGAUGAUAAAUAUCAACCAUCGCCUGAAUCCCUCUCAAAAGUCUUGGAUCGCAAAAAGAAAUCCAAGGAGAAAAAAUUAAAAAUUGCUAAGGAUUUAUUGCAGAGCAAUGACUCUCUGAGUCUAGAUGAAGAUGAAAUAGCGAAAAUUAAAGAUGAAGAGUCACAGAACGAAGCUGGUAUAAUCAGGUCUUCAGGCGCAUCUACUAGAUAUAAUGAUUAUUUUAAUGCAUUAGAUAAAAUUGCAGACUCCACUUGUUCGAAAUUAUUGGAUCUACUUUCAAAAUUGUCUAAGCUUAAUGUAGAAUAUAGAAAUACGAUGUAUGAUUUAAUUACGCAGGCGCAAAAACACAAAUCCAAAAUUACAAUUCUGGAGCAGGUGAUUGGCCUUGAAAUUUCCUGGCUUCAAGCAUUAUCAAUCACAUAUAGCAGUAAAAAAGAUGAACCAUCAGACAUCGAUUGA